AUGAAUUGUGUUAUCGAAGGGAAUUGCGUAAAAGUGUUUGGAAAGGCUAUUCAUGCCCUGUCAAGGAUUGGAGAUGACUUGUGGUUGGAUCCAAUGGUCAAAGGGCUGGCCCUGAGAUCUGUGAAUUCUGCUCAGUCUGCAUAUGCUUGCUUCCUCUUCUCGCCGCUGUUCUUCCAUCAUUACCGCCUUGAAUCAGAGUCAGAAAUGGUCCGAGAAACGAUCAGAUGCAAACUGCUUAUGAAGUCCAUCCUCCCACUUUUCCGGGGUCUGACUUCCAUUGAACGCAAUGUGGAACGCUGCGAGAUAUCAGUCAGCGCUCCCUGUGACAGAGUCAUUUUCCAGUUUUACUGCAGACAUGGCAUAACCAAGACCCACAACAUACGUUUCCAGGAGAGUGAGGCUCUGCAGGCCGUGUUUGCCUCACACCUCUGUCCUAAUGUGUUAAAAGCCCCUGCCAGGCUUCUUGGUGAUAUGGUGUUGCACUUCCCAGUGUUUCAAGAGGAAAUCACUUUGUCCAUGACUUCUCUGAGCGUCAGUUUGAGAAAUUACUGUGAGGGCGGAAAGGGACACAUGAAGGUGAUGCACACCGAGAUGUCCUUACACCCAGAGGAGUUUGACUCCUUUCAGAUUGGAAUGGACUCAGACAUAACCUUCUGCCUGAAGGAGUUGAGGGGUCUGUUAGCCUUUGCAGAGUCGCAUUGCCUUCCAGUGUCAGUUCACUUUGGUGCAGCAGGACAGCCGGUGUGCUUCUCCGUGGAGGACAUGCUCCUGGAGGCCUCUGUGGUGCUGGCCACCCUGACCGACUGUGAAAGCCGGGCCCCCUCACAGCCAGCGGAGCCCCCGGCCCCCUCCUCACCCAGGUGUGCGGAUGAAGCCUCUGUGCAUUCAGGUGUGUGUGAGGGACGCAGCGGCCUGCCUGGGGCCUUUCCAGAUGUGACAGAGGUGGUCAUGUCCAGCCAGGGCAGCCCCAUGGCGUCCCCGGCUGAUCUGAGGCACCUGCUGGAGCACAACAGUCCCUACAGGCUGCUUCAGGAGGAACCCGCCGACGCCAGCGGGACACCGGCCUCCUCUACAGUCUGCUCCCUUCUGUUCAAGGCUUUGUCCUCAGAGCCUGAUGAUGAUGACGAUGAUGAUGCCCGGGCAGUUCUGGCCUGUUACAGCGAUGAUGAGGCCCCUGACCGACCCAUGAGCCCCUCACUGUAG